AUGAGUGAUCCUAGAAUUGGGGAACCAUAUUUUUACAACGAGUAGACACAAUCAAUAAUUAUAAUAGAUCAUCUGAAAUCAAUUAAAAUUUAAUCGAAUUUUCUGCUAUGCAUGACCCUUACACUUAAGUGCAAUAGAUACAGGAACUUCCCAAAAUUCAGAUUUUUGAAGAAUUAGACCAAGGAACUGAUGAAAUGUCAAGAGCCAUUUAAUUGGAAAUAUUGGGAAUGGAUAGAUUAUGCAUUAAAACUGACAGUUCUUUUGAGAGAUAACCAAGAAGUGGAAGUGAUGGAGACAACUCAAAAGAUGGAAGUUUAAAUUAUAAAUCCAACAAAAGCAGAAGUAAUUGGCUAAUAAAUUUUAUUAGGAAAAAAUACAAAACAAAAACAAUUAAAUCAAUAACUAUAAUCUGAAAUUAUUUAGAAUCUGGGACAGACAAAGAGUCCAUAUUCAAAUAAAAUAUAAAAUUUAGUUAAAAAAGAAACAAAUAAUCAAUUAAUUAUAACCCAGAAAACAAGAUAGUCGUAUUUAUUUUUAAUGAUAUUGAAUCUAGAAGAAGCCAAUAGAAAAUGGAAAGGAAAAAUGAAUAGCAACUACACCUUAAUAUAGAGCACAGCGAUCAAUCUUCAUCUGAAAACCCAGAUUCAAUUAAUGAUGGAAAUCUAGACCCAAACCGAAUCAAAUAGGAGAGAAACAGAGAAUCUGCAAGAUAUUCACGAGCUCGUAAGAAGAUCUAUUUCGAAUUAUUGGAGAAUAGAGUCAAAGACUUGGAGGAGGAAAAUGAUAAAUUGAGAGUAUAAUGUAUCAACUUGCAAAAAUCAAUUGAAACCCAUAAUAAAUAAUAAGAGAAGGUAUUUCUAAUAAAAAAUAAGCGUAGUUUUAAGCAUUUUUACAAUAACAGUAGAAAUUAUUUGAAAAAUUAGAAGAGUGUAUCAUACACUAGAAAGAUGAUACUGAAAUUGAAAUUCUUUUGGAUGCUUUGAAAUUCAGGACAUCCUCAAAUAAAUAGGAAAGAAUCGACUCUGCAAAAUCGCAUGCAUUUUCCAUUUUAGAUGCCACUUUACCUUUGCAAACUAAAUAUUUGUUCACGAUUCUUGAUGAUAGAGAUUUCUUUUCAUAAAAUUAGAAGUAAUUAUACUGAAAAACAUUGUAGAAAUUGUUCAGAAUUUCUAAGGGAUAUUUUCAGUAUGAUUGAAAUAAAACUAGACAAUUCACAAUUGAAUGAAAAAAUAAAAAUAAAGUUGGGAUAAUCUAAAUAAAAUAUAUUUGAGUAAGUAAUAUAUUUAAUUUAGUUCGUUUAAAAAAAUUAAACAAGAAAUUAAAAUAAUUUCAAGUGAAGCUUCCAAAGUAGAUUUAUUGUGGGAGUAGCUGAAAGAAAAUAUAAAGCCAAAAAUAUUAGCUUAACUUUUGUUAGCCUUACAUCAUGUAUCUAUCAGUUAUUCUAUAGUAUAGAAUGAAUAUAAAGCAGAAUUUUAGGCUUCAACAAUUUUCAAAAAUAACAAAGAUAAAACAGAUUAUAAUUGUAUUCAAAUGCAAGUUUAAUAAUAGUGGCGAAAGCAUAUAAAAAAAUCAGAUUGA